GCUCGUCGCCGGCCAGGUAGACCGCCGGGACCGGCCGGCCGCGAGGGCGCCGGCCGCCCGGGCCCGGCCUGACCGGGCCGCCUGACCCUUCCGCCGCCGCGCAGCCUGGGAGGGCCGAGACCGGCCCCCCUGUUUUUGACGCCGGCGUCUGGAAUGUGUAUUGUCCACGCCGGCGUCCCCGUCCCCGGCAGGCGCGCGGACCGGCCAGGUGCUGCUAUUUUGGGACCGCUGCGCGUCGCUAGACGUGUUUUUCUUCUCCCUUCGUUUCCGGAUCUAUUCAGCCUCCCCAUCUGCGCUAUUCGUCGUGACCCCAUUUUUCGUCAUAUUUAAGCUGAUGUAAACAUGUUUCUCGCCCUGUUCUGUUCUGGCCUCCGCAGCGUGCGGACGUGCCUCUGUCCUGUCGUAGCCGUCGCACCGUUCGUUGGACACCGCAAUAUAGAAAUACCUCUUCAGUGCUGUGUCGGGAAGUGUGGAAGCAACGAGACACAGUGAGCAGCAGUGAGCGGGCGGAGUUAGAAUCGGGCGUGUGCGGCGCGUGUGCAACUCUUCAUUCUACACAAGUUACCUUACCUUCACUCCUCUACCCUUCCUGGUCUGCUGAAUUGUGGGCCUCCUUGUCGCUUGAAUUGUGACUUCUAUCUAUACUCACUUAACCUUCCCAUUUUACCCUUCCUGGUCUGCUGAAUUGUGGGCCUCCUUGUCGCUUGAAUUGUGACUUCUAUCUCUACUCACUUAACCUUCCCAUUUUACCCUUCCUGGUCUGCUGAAUUGUGGGCCUCCUUGUCGCUUGAAUUGUGACUUCUAUCUCUCACCUGUGUCACGCUGAAUUGCCGUGGCUCCUGGCUGCUGAAUUGUGGCCAUCCUUCAUAUCCGAUCGAUCUGCCUAAAGCCCUUCGCCUACUCGUGUUGAAUAGGGUGUGCACGAGUUUAUUUCACCCAAAUGCCGUGGACCCGCCGGUCUGAUUAGCCGCAGAAAGGAGUGUUUACAGUCCGCUCCGCCAGAGGAGAGUCGGGCGCCGCGCGGAGCGGUGUCCCGUCGAGCACAGGCCGGCGCGUGGCCGCGACAUUUACUGGUCCUCCGGGCCGGAUCCACCCGGCAACAUGUCAACAACAGGAGAAACAGAAGAGCGUCCUGCAGCAGACCUGGAAGAGAGCGUCCCAAGAGAGAAGCGUCAUGAAGCGGUGAGCGAAGAGUUGAAGGUGCUGCGCCGGAAAAGGGGACAGAAGUUAGCCGCCUUUUCGCGCGUGUGCCACAGAGCCGAGUCCAUCAUCGCCGUUCGUGGGAGUCGCUCAAGCCUAGAAGGAUUGUUCGAGACAGUCGAUGUGGCAUUGGAAGGCGUCAUCACAGCGAAUGAUGCACUGGAAGCCUGCCUGUCGUCUGAAGCAGAUAAGGCUGACGCAGAGAAGUACUGUGCCAAGGCAGAACGUGAUAGAGAAGAUAUCGUCGAAAGAAUCACCCAGCAUCUAGCAGAGCGCAGAGAUGAGCCGCCAUCAGGCGUCGGCUCUGUCGUUUCUGUCGCUCAGAAGAGCCCGACGAGUGCCGUCUCAAGAGCAUCUCAAGUCGAAGCAGAGGUUGCUUCUAAGAUAAAAGCACUGCGCCUGCAGCAGCUUAAGCGCAGGCAAGAAGAACAGCGACUGCAAGAAAGUCAAGAAGAGGAGAAACAGCGCCGCAGGGAAGAAGAACAGCGCCGUAGGCAAGAAGAGGAACAGCGCCGCAGGCAAGAAGAACAGCGCCGCACGCAAGAAGAGCAGCGCCAGGAGAGGGAAGCCGAGAGACGAAGACAGCUUCAAGAUGCUGAAGAUGAAGCUGAAGCAGCCCAGCUCGAAGCUAAUCUACGUAAGGAGCUCAACGGUGACCUUCAACACGAAAGGAGGAACGAUUUCGAAGAUGAGCUGUUUGUAACAGAAGAAGCCAGAGACAGAAGUCAUCAGCGAGAAGUACAGCCAUCGUUUGAAAGGCCAACUACCACACCAAGCCAUGAAAUGGAGGCACGCCGUGAAAAGCCGGUCAAAGGCCCAGGAUAUCAUCAGAAGAGGCACAACACGUCAUGGAUAGGAGAACUGCGCAGUCCGCGUCAGACCCAGCGCGCAGAGAGCGCAGCUCCGUUUUCAGCCUUCGCGAAGAGUAUCCCAAAACUGACCCUUCCAACCUUCAGUGGUAAGGCUUCAGAAUGGCCGAGAUGGAACGGAUUGUUCAAAGCGCUGGUGCAUGAUCAGCCGUCCCUCUCGGACACAGAAAAGAUCGCCCACCUUCAGUCAUCGGUGAGUGGACUGGCACAGCAGACCAUUUCUGGUAUGUUAUACGAUGGAAGUCUGUACCACCAAGCGUUGAAAGCCCUCGAGGAGCGGUUUGGUCAAGAUGACGAUAUCAUCAAACACAACCUCAACAGCAUCUUCAACGCCCCGGACCCGCAGGAAGAUGAUGCAGAAGCGCUGGAAAGAUUCCAAGCGACGGUACACUGCGCCGUGACUAUCCUCCAGAGCAUGGGGGCAGACGCUGACCUUCACAGCAGUGACAGCUUGCAUCGGACGGUGGAAAAACUGCCUCGGGACCUGAGACGUGAGUGGGGAAAGUUCUCACUAGAACUGAAGCCGGCCAGACCAUCACUAGUAGAUGUGGACUCGUGGCUACGGACCCAAGUGAAGAUCAGCAGAAGCUGUCCCAAGGGAAAAGGGGACGGCGAAGAAGUCGGCGCCAGGCAAAGAAAGGAACGCGCCGAUGAGACCGUCCAAAGACAAACCUUCUUCACAGCCGCGAAUCCAAAGCACAAGCAGAUGUGCUCGGCAUGUGAAGGCCAGCACGAUCUGCAGCAGUGUCAGAUCUUCAUCGGGAAGUCUCCUGAUGCCAGGCUCAAACACGCAUUCAGCCAGAGAUUGUGCCUCCACUGCCUCAGGAAGGGUCAUCGCGUGGUAGACUGCCGAAAGGCAAGGCGCUGUGAAAGGGAUGGCUGCAAGUACCGACAUCACGCCCUUCUCCACGGCAGUCGGCCAGUCAGGUCGCGACAACCUGAUGACCCAGUGACAAAGCCUGAUGCAGGCAACGAUGGAGCAGACGCAGCAGCACCGGGGGCAGUGCAUGUCCUCGAACCAGAUCCGGCGCUACAGGUGAUGUUUUUCCAGAGCAGAGUCAGCGCUGGAGAGCUCCUGUCCGAGCAGAAAGGGGAAUCGCGAUCUACAGGAGCUUCCAGGACCAAACACAGCCAGCCAGUGCCACAGUCUCCAACACGACUCCAACACGCCGCGGGACAUGCGGCCGCUCGCCCGCGUGACCCAGGUGUUACCGGGACCAGAUGGAUGAGUCCGUUGACGUUCUGUCCAGAUCAAGGCGGCAGGACGAUGCGAGGAUAGAUGGCCCGGCGUCAAGAUUGAGGUGCUGGAAGUGAAGUGUGCAAAUGCUGAGAACAGUCAUGUAAAUACGUGUAUCGUGUUUCGUUCGCGCCAGCCGGUUAGAGAAAGCCGACGAUUGCUCGCCCUCUCCAGACGCAGCCCAGUCGAGGCCGUCUAUCAGCCGAUACAUCAGCGGCGGUACUGUGUUUUAGUGUUCUCGCGGAGUCGAACACGGGGGGCGGGAUGUGACCGCCGCAUGUACGUAUGAAUGUAUG